CGACAGGCUGCAAUGAAAUGAUGAAAUAAUUGCUCCAACCAUAAUCUCACCUUCACACACACAUUCACAAACACGUACACAUGCGUACAGAUGGACACGCACACUAGAUGUACGGAUUGAACAACGCUUUACGCGGGUUCGCCAACUUGACCGCGUGUGCAGUGGCGACGACGGUGGUGGUGGUGGCGGUCCGCUGCUCCAGCCCGAUGGCAAGCAAAGCUGACUGUAGACUGGCCCGCUCGAUUGGCGCAUACUGUUAGAAACCAUCCUCUCCCUGCCCUUUCCCUCGUUAAUCCUCCCCGGAAAGCCCCGGCCGAGCGGUGUUUUGAUGCGAAAGGCAGGCCAAAGUUAUCUGUGUGACGUUGCAAAACAAAAAUCACGCUGCCCAAGCAAUUGAUCGCCAUAUUUCAGCCCCUGCCUCUGCUUGCACGGAAACGGGCUCGUGAGCACACGUGUGUAUGUGUGUAUGCGCGUGAGUGAGCGAGAGAGAGAGAGAACGACCACUGUGCAUUUAACGGUAACCCGUCGCGCGUCCUGUGUGUGUGAGUGCGGUCGAUAAACAGUGGGCUGGAAGUGCGUGUGUGUGCGUGUGCGUAUCGCGGUCAACACUCACACACGGUGUCAAAACGGCUUCGCAAAGAACGCAUCAUCUGCUGGGAAAAGUGAAACGUGCAAAAGGUUGGUGGUGGUACGGGUACGUCGUCCUCCUCGUCGUCGUCGUCGUCUAGCGGCAGUAGUAGGCGGUCUGUAUUAUUGUUCUGAAACGUCAUCGUCACCGCUCGUCACAAAAAAAAAGAAAAACAAAAGCAAAAAACAGCGUGUGCAUUGGUGUUCUGAUGGAUAAACACAGCCCCAGAACCAUCAACACGAUUGUCGUCGCACGCGAUUUGGUGGUGUUGAUAAAGUAGUGCGAAGAAAGCUCACACUUCCGGUGCCCGGUGCUAUUCCCCCGGUCACCCCCUCACACACACACACAUACAAUCAACUGGGAAAUAAGGAGUAAUAAGCCGGAAAUGAAGCCAGCCCUCUAAACGCGCAGAACGUGAAAACACUCGUGUCACGCCUCGUGCGAACACUUUUGCGUCGUUGGUGACGCGGUGCUUUCGCCUGUAACCGCGCGGCGGGUGUGCGUGUACAAUCGAACGCUUCCGGUUAAAAGUGAGCGAAAAACAGAGAUAGAGAGAGCGAGAGAGAGAGGGAGUGUGUGUGUGCGAGAGAAGGAGGCGACCGAGCCGCUGCAGCACCUUGCUUGCCCCACCAAACACACCUUCGAUGGCUUCUGGCAGUGGUAGCGCAAGCGGAACGACGAGCAAGAACGAUGACUCCAAAUGGUACUUCACGGCCGAGCAGCUCGCCAACUCGCCGAGCCGCAAGGCGGGCAUGGACGCGGACCAGGAGCUUAUGUACAGACAGCGAGCCGCCAACCUGAUACAGGACAUGGGCCAGCGGUUGCAAGUAUCACAGCUCUGCAUCAAUACGGCCAUCGUGUACAUGCAUCGGUUCUAUGCGUUUCACUCGUUCACGCAGUUCCAUCGCAACAGCAUAGCGGCGGCCGCCCUGUUCCUAGCAGCAAAGGUCGAAGAGCAACCACGCAAGCUCGAGCACAUCAUCAAGGUGGUGCACAUCAGUCUCGGGAUGGAGGCGCCGGAUCCGCUGCGGGAAAGCUACGCCGAACAGGCGCAGGACCUGGUGUUCAACGAGAACGUGCUGCUGCAGACGCUCGGCUUCGAUGUGGCGAUCGAUCAUCCCCAUACGCACGUGGUCAAAACAUGCCACCUGGUGAAAGCUUCCAAAGAUUUGGCACAGACGUCCUACUUCAUGGCAUCCAACAGCUUACACCUUACAACCAUGUGCCUGCAGUACAAACCGACGGUUGUGGCCUGCUUCUGCAUACACCUUGCCUGCAAGUGGUCCCGCUGGGAGAUCCCCCAGUCGAACGAGGGCCGGCACUGGUUUCACUACGUGGACAAGACGGUAACGCUCGAUCUGCUGAAGCAGCUGACGGAUGAGUUUCUUCACAUCUUCGACCGCUGCCCGACGCGGCUGAAAAGCAAGAUGAAAUCGAUACGGGCCGACUCGGGCGCGGAGGAAUCGGGCAGACGAACAGGUGGUAGCAGUAGCAGCAGCAACAGCCUAAUGGCGGCACCAUCCUCAUCGUCCGUACCGCGCGGCCUGGAUGAAGCCAGCACCGGCUCAUCGUCCGCCUCUAGUCAUCAUCGUCCCAAACAGGGUUCCAGCUCCGAUAUGAUGAAACCGCACGGUAUGUCGUCUUCCGGAAGCCAUCAAAAGAUUCCUUCCUCCUCGUCGAGUUCCGCCAGUUCCCGGUCGCGCUCCGACCGGCCUCCCUCCGCCUCCGGUACGCUCGCCGGGCAGCCGCAGCAACAGCCGCCACCACCGUCCCAGCAUUACGGAAGUGGCAGCAGUAGCAACAGCAGCAGCAACACGAGCAGCAAGGGCCCGAUGUCGUCGCAUCGGGGCAGCAUGCAGCAGCCGUCCUCGCUGCAGCUCAACCCGUCCGGUGCGGUCCCAUCGCAGCGUUCCGGCUCGGGGUAUCAGGGACACGAGGGCGGCAGCAAAUCGCGCCAACCCUCGUCCGCUUCCGGGCUGCUGCAGCAGGCCAGCGGAGGUGCGUCCGCCGGAAGCGCCGGCGGAAGCACGGCUUCCUCCGGCUCUUCGUCGUCCAUGCAUUCCGGUUACAAUCAGAUGAAGGCCGACCGGCACGGCAGCAGCGGCCAGAAGCUGCCGUCCAAGCCACCGUCCUCUUCGUCGUCCUCCUCCUCAUCGGGGGCCGCCGUGGGCGGUCCCAACUACGGCACGAAGCAACAUCCGGCUCCAUCGUCCCAGCCGUCGUCGUCGUCUCUCUUUUCCCAUCCGCCCAGCUACAACCAGUCGAUCAGUGGCCGAACGACGAACGUCCCGCUCGCCGAUCAGCAAUCAGCGACAGGCGGUAGCAGCAGCAGCAACAGUGGCGGCAGCAGUAAUCCGCCAAAACCGGAACCCAGCACGUUCCGGUUGCUCGACGAGUCGAUCGGCCGGCUGGCGGACCCGAUGCAGAUGUGCACGCCACCGAAGCAGAGCAAACCGUCGUCCAUCUUCAGCCCGGACUGGAAGGACUCGCAAACCGAAUCGCUGCAGAACCUGCCGUCGGGCAAAUCGCGCUCGAGCGGCCACUACGGUAAUGUGGCGGCGGCCGGUGGUGCGCCAGCCGACCGAUUGCUGAAACCGCCCAAGGGAAGCCCGAGCGGGAAGAAGCAGCAACAGCAGCAGCAGCAGCAGCACCACGGCAUGGCUGGUUCGCGCUCCGAUGGGCAGAAGAAGGAUCGCCGCAUGGACGGGUCGGUUGGGGGGCUUGCCGGGCAACAGCCACCCGCUUCCAGCAAGCAUCAGCCGAUGGGCCACGACAAGAAGUCGCUCGGCCCGCCCAGUUCCUCCCUGCCGAUGGUGGGCGGCACCACCAACCUGAGCAGCACCGGUAGCAAUAAUGGUAGCAGCAGCAACAACAGCCACACUAGCCACAAUUUGAAGCGGGCGCUGGACGGUACGGCCAUGCCCCCGCACCAGGACCCGUCCGGACCGCUGGGCAGCCUGACGGGCAAUGGGGGCAACACUCAUUCCAGCGGCAACGCCGGCGCCGGCGGCGGCAUGCUGUCGUCGCAGGCGAAGCGACCGCACCCGAGCAACGAGCAGAUCCGGCAGGACGACGGGACCGACUUUCGAGAGCAGAAGGUGCGCCGAACGGCGGAACCGUCCGGCUCGUCCUUCCUCCCGUCGUCCGGCUCGCCCUCCGACCAGCUGUUCAACUCGUCCUUCGAUCUGGCCAGCACGUUCGACAAGAUGGACGAUUCGUCGUCGCUGUUCAACUUCAACGAUCCCGGCUCGCUGCUGUCCCAGCCGCUGCUGAGCGACUCGAAACCGUCGACGCUGGCCAAGAGCGGCGGCAUCUUCAGCAACACGAUCAACGGCAUCGAGACGAACGCGGCGCUGGUGAGCAGCCUGCUCAAGGAGAGCCUGUUCAACGAGACGCCCAAGUUUGGCUCCCUGUACGGUGGUACGAGCGAUCCGCCGCCCAGCAGCGGAUCGCGCACCGAUGUGACCGACUCGAAGCCGCUCGAUACGACGGGUGGCUCCUCGGCACAGCCGGCGAAUGAAACGAAACCACAGCUGGCUUCGAUGGAAAGUCUGCUCGGGCUUCCACCGACGUCGUCCGCCACGGGGCAGUUGCAACAAUUGCCAACGGCCGCCGGCGGUGGUGGCCCCAACGAUGCCACCCAGCCCGGUGCAGUUCCACCUUCCUACCCGUGGGUGACGACCGGCAACGCUGCCCAGAUGGGUGACGCUCCUGCAGCCGCUACCGCCACCGCACCCCCGACUGCAGCACUGGCUCCCGCCUCCGCCGAUGUCGCAGCACAACAACAGCAGCAGCAGCAGCAACCGGCAGCGACUGCCUCGACCGCUUCCGACCCGGACACCGACACCGGCGGCCAUCGGUCCAAAUCGGAGAAGAAAAAGAAGAAGGAAAAGCACAAGCACAAGGAAAAGGACAAGACGAAGGACCGCGACCGGGAGGAGAAGAAAAAGCACAAAAAAGACAAGGACAAGCACCGGGAUCGGGAGCGCGACCGGGAGAAGGGCGACCAUCAUGCCGGGGCGACGGGUGCCGGUCCGGAUGGGGCCGGCGCCGGCCAUCAGGGCGUCGGUCACUCGGCGCCGCAGGAUCCGCCCGGCCCGAUCAAGAUCAAGCUGAACCGGGCGAUCCUGCCGCCCUCGGUGGAUGGCGUCGGGUUGCACGGGACGGGGUCCGCCCCGUCCGGUGGGCCGGCCAACGAUGGGCUGAAGAUAAAAAUUCCCAAGGACAGACUGUCCGGUUCGUCCUCGCUGCCCGGCGGCGGCGGUUCGGCAGCGGCCGGCGGUUCGUCCCACGGAGGUGGUGGUGGUCCGUCCGGCGGUGGCGGUGGCGUCGGAGGAGGAGGAUCAGCUUCCUUGAAGUUGAAAAUUUCCAAGGAUAAGAUAGAACAUUACAACAUCAGCGCUACGAGCGAUGGUGGCACGGGUGGAAUUGGCAGCGGUGGUGCGGUGGGCGCUGCCGGGCUACCGAUGAGCGGUCCGAGUGCAAUGGGCGGCCCCGGUGGCAGUGGUAGCAAAAAGAAGGACAAGGAUCGCGAUAAGGAUCGCGAGAAGAGUAAAUCCAAGUCCUCCAGCUCGUCGUCGUCGGCGGAGCAUGGCAGCCGGCAGAAUGGGGGAAGCGGCGGCGGCUCGGCGGCUUCCGGCAACAGCAGUAGCAAAUCUUCCAGCAAGAAUCUUUCAACGUUACAGCAACCCCAACAGCAGCAGCAGUACGGUAUGUACAAUGCGAACCAAUCGAUGCAGGCGACCAACGCAGCAAUGACAUCGAUGGCUGGGAUGGUGCCAGGCGGCGGUAUGCACGGUGGCAGUUACCAUCAACAGCCCGGUUUCGACUAUCUACAGCAGCAACAAUCGGUCGCAGCACUCCAGCAGCAGCAGCAACAGCAACAGCAGCAGUACUAUUCCCAAUACGGUCAGUUCGGCCAACAGCAGCAACAGUUUCAGCAACAAAUGGCCGCAUCCGGUCCUGGUUCGAUGCUGCUGAACGCAUCGUCCGGGCCGGCAGGGAUGCUCGGUAAGCUACCGGGGCAACCAGGCGGCGGCGGCGGUGGUUCUACGGGCGGUCUGCAACCGUCCGCACUGCCACCGUACUACUACGGUGGAGGUUCCGGUACGGGUACGGCCACCAACCAGGGUGCUGGUAAAAAAUAAGACUCUACAAUGCUUCGUCACUCGACGGCAGGAGCAGGCAAUGAUGCAUUUGUGUAUGCCACCGUGGCACACUGGACUCAGUCAACUCCCGCCUUCCACUGGGUCACCUCGGGGUGGGGAGGGAGGAACGCUUGUCAGUGGGGGAGAAGCCUUUGUUCGCUCGAUGGUGGAGAGCGUUUAUUGUUGCGUUGCUUUUUUAAGGCUUCAGUUUGAUUAGGAUUUAUCUUUGUAUAUAGUUUUGGAUCGAUUUAGCAUUCUUAAAUUCUUCUUUUGGACUGUAAUAUUUUUGAACAUCAUCGUUGAGUUUAAGUAGACUAUUUGCUACCCCUUAUUUUACCGUGUGGACAGUGGACACACACACGUAAAGAGAGAGAGAGAGAAAGAGAGAGAGAGAGAGAGAGAGAGAGAGAGAGAGAGAGAGAGAGAGAGAGAGAGAGACAAAGAGCGGAAGUGCACCACCACCUUCACGCCUGCACAGCCACCUGCCCAGGGCAAACGGUGGGGUCAGUUCGGUUCGGUCCGGUUCGGUGUGCGCUGAAUCAUCCGCAGAGAAUCUUAUUCUAUCGUGAAAAGCAGUAUAGUGUUGUUAAGGGUCGGUUUUACUCAGCCGAUGUUAUGGACAUUUCAAUCACGUACCAUUAAUGGUAGUUUUUUGAAACAAAACUCAGAGAGCGAAAGGGGACGCUGUUAUAGAUGUGUUAACCCCCUAGACCGCAGCUAGACGAUGUUUAUUUUUAUAUACCUUAAUUUAUCGGCGAACCCCGAUUAAUGUUAUCUUCCACAAGCCGAACCAAGACUCACGCAUCCUCCCCGUCGAGAUUCGCAUCAUCAUGCGCGAUAGACAGUUCCACGUGAAAUGAUGGGUGUUCCCACUAGCGAAAAAGAAAAACUGAGUGUACAGAUCCAACAGUUGGCACAGUCCAAACUCUGGGCAAUCCUUGCUUUGUGCUGCACUUUGUGGCAGUGAAUUUCGUAAAGACAUUCUGUUAAUUUGUACGGCACGAUGUGCGCCACUGUACGAUUGAAAUGGAAUACACAAAAUCCGGCGGAAUUAUGCUGAAUGGAAAAGAAUACCUGUGUGUGUGUAUGUUUGCGUUAUCCACAUGCAUAUGUGUAUGUGUGUGUGUUUUUUUACUUCCUGAAUGUUUGUUGGCUCCCCCCUUUUUCGUCUGUGUGGAAGCAACACGGAAUCGAGAAUAGUGUGCUCUCUGUGUUCGGUCUCGUAUUGGGGUAUACAGCCUGCUCAGUCCUGCUUGUUGCGCUGGUAACUAUGGGGCCUAGAACAAGUCGUUCAAACGUUCCGUUAAACAAAGGAUGAUAGCGAAUGGCGCGCUACCGACGUAUUAAUUUAAGCUAGUGAAAGAAAGAAAAAAAAAGAACGGUUCACUAUGAACUGCAGGAGUGGCACUCAAAUGUUGUGUUAAAAAGAGAUUCGAAGAAAGAAGAAGAAAAAGAUAAAAACAACGGAAACCUGAAUCGAAAAACCUAUACAAUGUUGACAGCAUUUUUACUUCCUCUCUUGUUCACAUCGAUCAACUUCCUAGAAGUGAAAAAAAUUGGUUUGUUGCUAUUUGUGCUGCGCCUUCACGUGGUUUUUGGUGUCUUCCCUCUCUCUCUCUCUCUCUGUCUCGCUCUCUGAUGGCUGUACGACUAUUACGCGAACCCGUGGCGAAAAUAAUGUUUGAGAUUAGGAAGUUUUGUUUUAUUUGUAUAAGUGUAUCAAAAAAGGAAAAGAAAAACACAAAAAUGGUAUUGAAAUAAUGCGACGUAAAUUCAAAUUCCUGACCACAAAAAAAACAACACUUUAAACCUAAACGUAAAAACUUUGAAAACACUAAAAAAAA